CACUUUUAAACCUCUCCAACUCUUUCAGCCAUGAGUUCCCUUGUUAAAACAUGCCCUACUUUCUACUAAAGAACCUCACUAACAUUUCCUUUUCUGCAGCACACAGAAGAGUAAGACAAGCUCUGAAUGUAGUUUCAAGAGUGUCCAAAGAUGAAUCUUUCAUGGAAUUCUAUGAGCCCAGCAUGGCCAUACUCAAGCAAUCUGUGGAGCCUCUGUUUCUUGAGGUGGAGCUGAAAGAUGAGAGCUCCAACAUUGAGUUAUACCUGGAAAACUGCUGGGUAACCAGAUCUCUGGACUUCAGUAGCACCCCAAGAUGGAACAUUACUGUGGAUGGGUGUGAGAUUAAUGGCAGUGAGUAUGCUGCAGAGUUCUGCCCAGUACCUGUUAGCCCCAGGGUCAGACACCCUUCUCACUUUAAAAGGCUGGCAGUAAGAACCCUGGCAAAGCAACUGGAACAGGUGUAUGUGCACUGUUUGGUGGCAGCGUGCUCUCCUACCAACACACCACCUGGCAGCACCUGCAGAGGACAGUGCAGCUCAAACACAGAGAGGAAGGCCCUUCCAGGUCACCAUUCAGCCAGUCUCCAGGGCUAUGUACUUGCUGGGCCAGUAAGGAUUGUUGCUCCAGAUCUAAGAUGACACAUGGAAACUGAAUUUGCACCUCAAGGCUCUGCUGUGCUGGUUGCUUUCCAAACAGUGCCACUGGACACAGGAGCUACCUCUUCCAGCGACCACCAGAACUAUCUUGCCUGGAGUGACCCAAUUGUGGGACAGCACUGGCUGACCCAACUGUGGGACAGCCUCUCUAAAGUGGCUACAGAAGACAACUUAUCAGAAAAUGACCCAAAGCAGCAUAAUAAUAUUUCUUGUUUCUUCCAGCUGUUGAAAUGUGGACUUGCAGAUCAAUAAAAUUAUUCCAGCCCUGAUUACAGCUGCUUCUUGUAAUAUUUCAUAAAGUGACUGCCAAUCCUCACAUCUGAAUGUAAAGUGCAAAUCUGAAAAGUCAAAUAAAAAUACAUCAGAGCAAUGUAAG